AUGACGGAUUGUUUCGGACUAUGCCGGUUAUUCGAACGGGAACACUCGAGCGGCAAGAUGGGUAACGAUCUGCCUAAACCGAACGAGAAUUACGUAGUGGUACCGACCGGUGACAACAUGAUUCGCCGAACACCAAACACGACAGGCAUGGGUCCAUUAAACCUAGAAUGGAUUAACUACUGCUUCGUAAAAAAUGGACAAAAACACAGGACCGAUAAGUAUUAUUGUAUGUACGAUAGGAAUCCAACUUUAGUGGUACGCAGAGGAUUUCCUGUUUGCUUUUACUUGAAAUUCGACAGAGAGUUUGACAUGGCUAAUGACAGUGUGUCGUUUAUGUUCAAAUUGGCUGAAACUGGAGAUGCAAACUUUGGAAAUAACACUAUGGCUGCCGUGCCCUUAAAGGAUAAUCCAAGCAACGGCAAUGGCCAUUGGUCAGCGUACGUGAUGUCUACUGAUGACGUGGACCCAAACGUAGUCAGCGUUAGAAUUACUCCACCGAAUAACUGCAUUGUGGGACAAUGGAUAUUUGACAUAGACACCCGUACUGGACAAGAAGCAGCUUUGUUCUCAGCUAAAGGAAAUCCCAUUUACAUACUGUUCAAUCCAUGGUGUCCAACGGAUGAAGUUUAUAUAAAGGACGAAGAGCUACGUGACGAGUACGUAUUGAGCGAGGAAGGACUCAUGUGGCGCGGAAGUCACAGCCGGCAGAAAGAAGUCAUGUGGAAAUACGGCCAGUUUCAAAAGAACAUGUUGGAAAGCAGUUUUUUGUUAUUGUUAAAAAUUAGACGGUUAGCACUUAUACACUGCAGUGACCCAAUAAAAGUAUCAAGAAGCCUAUCGGCAGCGGUAAACGCCCCUGAUGAGUUAGGUGUUGUUCAAGGCAACUGGACCGAAGAUUUUUCCGGCGGCACUGCGCCCAUUAAUUGGCUGGGAAGCGUAGACAUUUUGAAUCAAUUCAUUAAAACGAAAAAACCUGUCAAAUACGGGCAAUGCUGGGUCUACGCUGGAGUACUAACUACAGUGUGCAGAGCUAUCGGAAUACCUUGCCGCCCGGUGACCGCAUAUUGUGCAGCUCACGAUACUCAAAAUAGCUUGACGAUCGAUUACUUAGUCGACGACGAAGGAAAAAUAAUAGAAGAAUUACAAACCGAUUCAAUUUGGAACUAUCACGUGUGGAACGAGGUUUGGAUGGCCAGGCCUGAUCUGAACAUCUUGGACCGGAGCUGGCAAGUGAUCGAUGCAACACCACAAGAGCUGAGCGAAGGCCAGUUCAAAUGUGGCCCAGCCAGCGUUACGGCUGUCAAAAAUGGUGACAUAAGAGCACCGUACGACACGGCGUUCGUGUACUCCGAGGUGAACGCAGACAAGGUGUACUGGAGAUACUAUGGCAUAUCUCAACCAAUGAAGCUGUUGAGGAAGGACACGGAAGCAAUAGGCAAACUAAUAUGUACGAAAGCGGUUGGAAAAUGGGAACAGGAAAACAUUACGGACAACUACAAAUAUCCUGAAAAGUCAACUGAAGAAAGGAUCACUAUGCAUAAAGCAUUAAAACAAAAUAACAGCAUAUUUAGCCGUUAUUAUUUAAAUGAGGAUUUCAAUGAAAUCAAAUUUGAUUUUGAGUUAGUCGAUGAUAUUAUCGUGGGAGAAAACUUCAGGGUAGCGGUGAGAAUCACAAACAAAGGUCAUAAAGAUUACACAGUAAACGUAAUAUUGCGGGUCGAUACGGUUGAUUAUACCGGUAAAAAUGGAUCUCUUGUCACCAAAGUCGAACAACAAAAAGUAGUACUUCACGAUCCAGGAUCAAACGUUGAAUUUGUCCAAACCGCGUUGACGUAUUUUGAUUAUGGUAACGAUGUAAAAAGCCAAAAUGUUUUCAACAUAUCAUGUCUGGCGAGCGUGGUUGACACAGACUACGAGUACUUCGGACAGGAUGACUUUAGGGUUAGAAAACCGGAUAUUGAAUUCGAAAUGCAUGAUAAACCUGCCAUGUCACGUGAAGUUCGGGCUACUGUUAAGUUUAGAAAUCCGUUGCCCCUGUCCUUGAAAGACGGAAAAUUCUUAAUCGCUGGUUCAUCGUUACCUAAAACUCUGGAAAUCAAAGUUGGUAAAGUCAGCGCAAAAAAAACGACCAGUGUGUCGUUCAAAUUCACACCACAAUUCACCGGAAAGCAAGUAAUUUCUGCGAAAUUUACGUCCAAACAACUGCAAGACGUCGAUGGUUAUUUACAAUUUAUGGUGUAA